AUGACUUCAACAUCUAUCUCAAACUUUUCAAUCGUCUCCAACCUCCCGAGCUUUUCACAGCUUGAAGACACCAGCGAAACAUCCAUCAGUAUCUCAGAUUCCUACAUCCUUGAACCGCUGCCAUCCUCCGUGAAGGACCUUCUCAAAACCAACGAAGCUCCUUUGCACUCAAAGCUGCUCCAGUCUAAUCUCCAUGAUGCCGAAAACAUGCUGCUCGACCUCAAUGUCCAGUUGGAGAAAAUGAAGGCAGAGAUCGCCUUGUUUACGGUCAAACGCAAUCAGCUCAUGACCAUGAUAGAAACAUAUAGAAGUAUCCUUCAUCCCAUACGUCGAACGCCCCCGGAAGUCCUUUUGGAGAUCUUCUCGUAUUGCGUCGAGUUCGUGGAUACGGACCAUCCAAGGAUAUGUCAGAACAUCGACUCUCUCGAUACGAAGCAGGCACCGUGGAGCCUUGCUCAGGUAUGCAAGUACUGGAGAUUCGUAGUACUUGAAUGUCCCCGGCUGUGGUCUUCGCUGUCGCUUGAUCUGGCGAGAAUGGAACACAAGGAUCCCGCGAAGGCUCAAGAGCUUGAAUACAAUGCAAUAGCUUUAUUAUCGCGUUACCUUCGACGCUCGAAGGACUGUCCUUUGACUAUCGCUGUCCAUUCAACGCGGCCAAUGCAUCCUAUCGUUUCCUUGAUAUGUUCACACUCCAGCAGAUGGUCCAACGUCCUUCUUUCUCUUCCACCUGAAGGAUUCCGGCUGUUAUCCACGAUCAAGGGAUGUCUUCCGAAAUUGAAGGCACUCCACCUUCGGAACGUAGAGUGUUUGGAAAACAUCUGGAAUGCCAUGCCUGUGAUAGACGCAUUCGAGUACGCACCUAACCUCCGUAUGGUUCGGGCUUACGAAAUCCCAAAUAUCGCUUCAAAAUUGCUCCUACCUUGGGAUCAGAUCACCCAUUGCAUGAAUAAUUUCCCGGCUGGCGAAGUUCUCUUUCGAGAUUCGCUGAAUCGCCAAAACAUGGAUAUUCUAACCAAAGGGGUCAAGCUUCGUCACGUAGCACUGUUCUGCUCAGGGUAUGGGCCAUCCCUUGCUCUCAAAAAUUUGAAACAUCAGUUUCUUACUGCCCUCACAAUCGACUUGAUUCGUAACAGCAAUCUGGACCUAUUGAAUCAACUUCUCAAUGCCCUAAUUCUCCCUUCCUUGGCUUCUUUACGAAUAUCGGUUUCUAGUAAACUUCGUGUGCGCCCCAACGUAGAGCCCAUAGUCCGCCUCCUAGAACGCUCCGAUUGUGCGUUGGUGAAAUUGCGUCUCAAGGGUUUCGAAACAGAUAUGGAGGAAGAUUCCCACUUUCGAUCACUACUCUACCUCCUUCAGAGCUCUAUGCAGGUUCUCUGUUUGGAGUAUUUUCCGACUAGCCUCUUGUCUGCGUUGAUUGCGACUGAGGACCAAGCACCUUUUCUCCCGCGAUUGCGGCAUUUGCGUCUGUCAGGCGUUUGUUCGCCACAGAUGGAUCAACUGCUUUUUGUGAAGAUGCUCGAGUCGAGAAUGAAAUAUCCAAAAUUUGGCAUGGUGUUGGAAAUGAGCUCACACUUUAUUUUAACGAACCAAGAGGCUCAAAGACAGUUAGAUCAGCUUGAUAUCAUAACCA